CAGACAGACACGCCUUUGCGCUGGCUUUAGCCCUUAGUACACACUUUUGCAAACUUUGUUGGCCUUCUGUCUGCAACUGUCAAUCUUUCUCAAACUUCCACGACACUCUCUCAUCAUUCCACUUCACUCUUAAAACCCACUAAAAACCUUAAUCUAGAAAACCCAACUUCGUUUAGUAAAUAAAAGAGUUCCUUUCAUUUCUUGCCAGGAAUUGAAGUUUGGGGUGAUUUUUGAACUGGGUUUUGGUUCUUUUCGUCUGGGUUGUGCUCGCUUUGUUGGAAUUUUUGGUGGCUAGCUGCUGGUGGGUGGUGGGGGAUUAUGGUGAUGGCUGAGAAUGAGGCAGGGGAUGAUCAGAAGGAGGUGAAGUCACCAUGGAAGACUCCGGUGAUUGAUGGGGAGAAAGCGGCUGAUGCUUCUGUUAUGGGGACACAAUCUUGGCCAGACCUUGGUGGGACCCAACAAACAACCGACAAUCCUGAGGUUGCUGCUGAUGGGUCUGCUCCAGCUCCAUCAGUAGAGCAGGGAGCAGCUGGGCAGCAGAAAUCAAAUGGGUCUGGAAACACCAAUGCAUCUCAUAAACAUUCAUCUGCACGUCAUCAGAAGUCAGGCUCUAAGCGCAACCCUAAUGCCACGCCUCGUUUUCCUGUACCCUUACCUUAUUAUCAACCUCCAAUUCCACCUGUUUUUCAUGCUAUGGUACCUCCACCGCACAUUGCAGUUUCUGGGUAUGCUUACCAGCCUGUCCCUGGACCUUUUCCUGGCAUUGAAUCUCAGUUGGUAAACUCUGGAUCUGAGACAACAAUGCAAGCCUUUGGUCCCCCACUUCAAGGUAUUGAUCCCGGAAGAAAUGUGCAGCCUCCUCCACGAGGAGAUCCCAAUGCAUAUCCUGCCAACUUCUCUAAUAGAAGACCCAACAUGCAAGAACCUGGCGGCCAUUUGAAUCCUGGCUGGAAUCAUCAACGAGCAUUUAAUCCUAGAGAAACCAUUCCUAUGCAGCAGGGUGUCGGACCAAGGCCUUUUGUUAGACCUCCAUUUUUUGGUCCAGCUCCAGGCUUCAUGGUUGGUCCAAGUUUCCCUGGAGCUGUAUGCUAUGUGCCUAUUCCUCCUCCAGGAUCUAUAAGGGGACCUCAUCCUCCACGCUUUGUUCCAUACCCUAUAAAUCCAGGGACUGCCAUGUACCCUCCAGAGACAGCUACUUUGAGGGCCAAUGUAGUGAAACAAAUUGAGUAUUAUUUCAGUGAUGAAAAUCUUCAAACUGAUCAUUACCUGAUUUCCUUGAUGGAUGAUCAAGGAUGGGUUCCAAUAUCCGCAAUUGCGGACUUUAAAAGGGUUAAGAGAAUGAGUACAGACAUAAAAUUUAUCCUCGAUGCACUACUGAGUUCUAGUACUGUAGAAGUGCAGGGUGACAAGAUACGGAGACGUGAUGAGUGGUCCAAGUGGAUUCCAGCUAGUUCAAAGACAUCAUUGUCAUCAGAAGCUCCGGCUACUCGGUAUGAAUUUGUAGAGAAUGUUACUGACUCUUGUGGGAAUGGUAAUACGAAUGAAGAUAAUUCAAGGGACACCUCUGAAGAAAAUCUUAAAUUUCCAUUGGAUAGUGGGAGCUUGGAGCAUGUAUCACCUGAGGGCAAUGCUGCAGAAGUAACACAUAGAAAUAACUGCAAACAUGCAGAUGUGCCUGUUCUACUAAACGGUGAGAAACAAUCGUUUUCUGGUGGAAAUGGUGACUUGAACAGGAAAUUACUUGCUGAUUUCCGCAUCAAAUUGUCAGAUGCAGAUCAGUCACAGGGAGUUGGGCCUGUGAGAUUCACUGACCACAGAAGUGUAGAAAUAUCAUCAGAUGUAACAGUGCAAAAUGUUGCUGACCUGUCAAAUGAUUUUGCACACACAUUUAUGCUGGAUGAAGAGCUAGAGCUCGAGCAAAAACCACUAAAGAAUCUUUUAGCACUUAACAGAAUGGAUUAUGAAGAUGAUGAGAUGGUUGUCAACGAUCAAGAUGUUCAUAGACUUGUGAUUGUUACCCAGAAUAGUGGGACAGGUGACGGAUCAAAAGCUGGUGCUAAAGAUUCAAAGUCCAUCUCCAGUGAGCUUGCUGCUGUGAUAAAUGAUGGUCUUUACUUCUACGAACAGGAGCUUAAAACUAAACGAUUUAGUCGUAGAAAGAAUAACUCUAUUUAUGAGAAUAAAGAUGGUUAUCCAAGGUCUCCAAGGUCUCCAAGGGGUGCAUUAGGAGUAUCAAAUUUGAAGACAGGUGAAAAUGUUGCUGGGAGCAGUGGUCUUGAAGAGUCUGGAGGAGCAAGUUCACGAAGGAAGCAAAAUAAAGGUUUCGCCAAGCAACAGUCCUUCCAUAAGCAGAGAUUUUUCUCAAGUAACUUAAAGAAUCAUGGAACUAGUCGUAAUUCAAUUGCAAUAAUUUCAGAAAGUCCACCAAGUAAUUCGGUUGGAUAUUUCUUUGGUUCUACUCCUCCUGAUAGUCAUGGACCUAGGCCACCUUUGAAGUUGAGCUGUUCACCACAUGGAACUCUUUCUAGCAGUCCACCAGUUGGUUCCUUGCCAAAGUCAUUUCCACCUUUUCAGCAUCCAAGUCAUCAGCUGUUAGAAGAAAAUGGUUUUAAGCAACAGAAGUACCUAAAGUUUCACAAGCGCUGCCUGAGUGACAGGAAGAAGUUGGGAAUUGGUUGCAGUGAGGAAAUGAAUUCACUGUACAGGUUUUGGUCAUAUUUCCUUAGAGACGUGUUUGCCCCUUCUAUGUAUAAUGAGUUCCGGAAACUUGCUCUUGAAGAUGCAGCUGCUAAUUACAAUUAUGGGAUAGAGUGUCUUUUCAGGUUUUAUAGUUAUGGUUUGGAGAAGAAAUAUCGGGAUGAUCUUUAUAAGGAUUUUGAGCAACUUACCCUUGAUUUUUAUCAUAAAGGCAAUCUUUAUGGCCUUGAAAAAUACUGGGCAUUCCAUCACUUCCGAGACCAGAAAGAGCCCUUAAAGAAACAUCCAGAAUUGGAUAGGUUACUGAGGGAAGAAUACCGGAGCUUGGAGGAUUUCCGUGGCAAAGAGAGGAAUACCAGCACAAGAGAGGACAACCAUUAACAAGUAAUGUCCUUGACCCCUAGUGGCAUUGAAUCCCAAUUUUGAAGAUCAACCCUGAUGACCGGACCAGAGAGUAGGAGUUCAUGGUCUGUAAUUUAUUUGGUUUUGAGUGCCACGGAAAGAUGGGUUUUUGUAUAUUGUACAUUGGGGGGUUGUACACCUCUGAGCGGCUGCUGACUUCUGAGGCAUUGCAUUUUUGUUUCCUAAUUUUUGUUUAGGCUUUCUGGCUCGAGAGUAUAUCUUUUUCCUUGAGUAGUGGUCUGCAAGCUUGUGGAGGUGCCUGUGCUGUUUUUGAUCAUUUCUUUUCCCCCCCACCAUUGUUGUACAUAAGGGAAAACUGAAAACUUUUUGUUUAUAAAAAAAAGUUGUAGAAACUUUGUGAAAAUUGAACAAUAAGAGAUUCAAUUUUUAAUCUCACACUGUAAUUUUUUGCUU